CACCUGGCUUCUCAAUAUGCAUAAACACACACACUUACACACUCGCAAACAUUAAGAUAAAGGGACAAGAGAUUGAAGAAGUGAGAGAUGGAGAACUUCCCAGUGAUCAACCUUGAGAGUAUCAAUGGUGAGGAGAGAAAGGCUGUUCUUGAGAAAAUUGAAGAUGCUUGUGAAAACUGGGGAUUUUUUGAGUUGGUAAAUCAUGGAAUACCCCUUGAACUUUUGGAUACUGUGGAAAGGUUAACGAAAGAGCAUUAUAGGAAAAGCAUGGAGCAAAGGUUCAAGGAGGCAGUGGCAAGCAAGGGGUUGGAGGGUGCACAAGGUGAGAUUAAGGACAUGGACUGGGAGAGCACCUUCUUCUUGCGCCAUCUUCCACAUUCCAACAUCUCUGAAAUUCCUGAUCUUAGUGAAGACUACAGGAAGGCAAUGAAGGAAUUUGCAGAAAAAUUGGAGAAACUUGCAGAGAAGCUGCUCGACCUUUUGUGUGAAAAUCUUGGAUUAGAGAAGGGGUACCUGAAGAAAGCCUUCUAUGGAUCAAAGGGUCCAAAUUUUGGGACAAAGGUAGCAAACUACCCUCCAUGUCCGAAGCCAGAGCUGGUGAAGGGUCUUCGUGCUCACACAGAUGCAGGUGGGAUUAUCCUUCUCUUGCAAGAUGACAAGGUCAGUGGCCUGCAGCUUCUCAAAGAUGGUAACUGGGUGGAUGUGCCUCCAAUGCGCCACUCCAUUGUUGUUAACCUUGGUGACCAGCUUGAGGUAAUCACCAAUGGGAAAUACAAAAGUGUGGAGCACCGUGUGAUUACUAGAACUGAUGGGACUAGAAUGUCCAUAGCCUCAUUCUACAACCCUGCUGGUGAUGCUGUUAUCUAUCCUGCACCAGCGUUGCUGGAGAAGAAAACAGAAGUGAUAGACAAAGUAUACCCAAAAUUUGUGUUUGAGGAUUACAUGAGGCUCUACGCUACACUGAAGUUCCAACCAAAGGAACCAAGAUUCGAAGCUAUGAAAAGCGUGAACACAGUUUAGUUAGUUCCAACUCAAACAGCUUAAUUGGAGCUGUGCUAUACUAUACUGCUAGAAGAAAUUUUAUUGAUUUGGAAGAAGUGGGGAAAUAACCUGCAAUUAAGCAAGAGAUACUGGUUGUUUAAUCAUUCAAUUUCUUAUUACAGUGGAUUGUUUAUUUGUACUUCAGAACUGUUGAAAUAAUAUGCAACAUUUUCUACUCUUUUA